CCUCAUGUCCCAUGGUGCCCUGGGACCGAGGAGGGUCAAGGCACCUUCAAAGACGGCCCCUGCACGUCAGAAGAGCUGCAAACCACCCUGAAGGAGCAGCAGAGCCUCGUGUUGGCACUGUGGACUGUGGACUUGCUUGGAAGAGGACUGCUGAAUAGAUAGUGAGAGGUCAACCCCACCCAACCUCAGCAACUGCUAGCAUGGCUACGGCAAGCACCUCAGGGCAGAGCACCUUUGGGCUCGGGAGGAAAAAGAAGAACCCUGGUCUCAUGGAUCAGAUCAGCAAGUUCUUUGGAGGAGACAAAAAGAAAAGGAGCAAGGGGUCGUUCCGGGGUCACCUGGCCACCUCACCCCAGCAAUCCUCCGCUCGCCGCCGGACCAAUGAAAACGCUGUGGUGCAUUUCUUCAGGAGCAUCGGGUCCUCUCCUCGUCCUAAAUCCAGGUGGAGAGAUGUCUUGGGCUUGAGCGACUCGCUGCUUCUGGAUGACUUUGAAACUGCUCGACUAUUUAUGAACCACAACCGGCCUCGUCGCCACGUGCCGAGAGCACAAAGUCGCCAGUCAGAAGACGCAGAGACCAAAGCACACUGUCCAGAAUCUUCAACCUGUGAUGCUCUCAUCAGAGACCAGGAGAAACCAAGUCCCGUCCCCCCCCCAAACGCUGGAGCACCAUCUUCUAAGCUCUCCACUGAGGACCAAAGCACAGAUCCAACGCCGACGGGACAAGACAAAGGAGGAGGAAAAGAUCUGCAAGCGGCGGACUCACAACCUCAAAAAAUGUUAACCCACUAACACAAGCUGUAUGUUAGACAGUGAGACCACACUGACACAGUAUGAAAUCCAUUCUCCAGGCAUGUAGAUGGUCAUUGUGCCAGUUUUCUUUUUAAUCCUACUUCUAAGCAUAUCUUGUCUCAGUCAUUAUUUAGCUGUUUAUAAGAGGUUUGGUCAUGCUUUUAGUAAAAUAUCUUACUGUAAAAAUCACCCAUUCGAGUAUCUUGAUCUCAUGGUGCUAGUGUCUGCUGUCUGCUGUCUGAGGUUCGUUCAUGGCAGAUGUUUGUUUUUCUAUUUGUCUCCUGUCAUCUGCAUUUUGUACAUGAGUGACGCUUUAUGUAUCUCGCUGCUUUCACACAACUCACACACCAAACAAAUCAUUGUUUUUGUUUCAUAUGUGAAGUCUAGACGAAGAGUGUUUGUCGUUGUUGUGCUCGUAUGUUGCAAAGAAAUGCAUUUGAAAAUACAACGGGAAACCUGCAGUAUAUGAGUAGUGUGCACUCUAAUAUUGUCUUAAUGUCAUUUCAUUAUGUUUCAGUGUAAUUAAUAAACAUGUACAGUAUGAUAUCAUUCAAGUCUAUCCAAAAAAAUGCCCUUUUCAAAUGCACUCUUACAUACAACUAAAUAAUACAACUAAAAAAUGUCCUAAAAACAACUGGUCUGCUCGCUAUAGCAUAGUAGCUUUUCCAUCUAUCUCAUUUAUCGUGAGUUAUCUGUUUGCAUCUUAAAUUGAGUUUGAAGUUUUAAUGUUAUUUGUGUUUUAUUUAGAAGAUGACAGACAAAAGCUUUAUUUGACGGUCAGAUAGCAAGUGGUUCAAAGGUUUACGGCAGAAGCACCGAGAUGGUGUAGUACUGAAGGGCAGUAUGUUGAUUUCAAAUGUUCUGAUGCAUGAUUUUAUUUUGUUCAUGAUAAAUUACAUUGCCACUCUCAUUUGUACAUGCUCUGUUUGUAUGUUCACUUUAACAGAAUAGUCAAAAUCACUGUAAAGGUUGCUGACGUGGUGGUGCUACAGUAACAGGAACUGAUACUUAGAAAACUGAGUGUUUUGUUUCCUCUUAAUGUAAAACUCUGUCUUUAAUGUUCAGCCUAAUUGGAAAUAAACAUGUUAUGUCUUCUCUCUGUUAAUAAAUGUUUUAAAAUCUGA